GACUCGGCGGGACGCCGGUGCCGCCAACCGGCCAGCGCGGGCCGCGCCUGGUCGCCAUGGGCCCCCUCUCGGCGCGGCUGCUCAUGCAGCGAGGGCGUCCCAAGAGCGACCGGCUGGGGAAGAUCCGGAGCCUGGACUUGUCCGGGCUGAAGCUGCUCUCAGAGCACUUGGACCCCAAGCUCCUGAGCCGCCUGACGCAGCUGCAAGAGCUGGACCUCUCCAACAACCAGCUGGAGACACUGCCUGCCAACCUGGGCCUGUCCCACCUGCGCAUCCUCCGCUGCGCCAACAACCAGCUGGGGGACGUCACUGCCUUGUGCCAGUUCCCGCAGCUCGAGGAGCUCAGCCUGGAGGGUAACCCCUUCCUGACUGUCAGUGACAACCUGAAAAUCUCCUUUCUCCUGCCCAAGCUCCGGAAGGUCAAUGGCAAGGAUGCUUCCUCCACGUCCUCUCAGGUGGAGAACCUAAAUCGGGAGCUGACCAGCCGGGUCACAGCUCACUGGGAGAAGUUCAAGGCUGCAGUGAGCCCAGAGGAGGAGGCAGAGAAGGCCCAGGCUGAUUUUGUGAAGUCUGCUGUCAGGGACAUCCGCUAUGGGCCUGAGUCCCUCAGCGAGUUCACCCAGUGGCGGGUGCAGAUGAUCUCUGAGGAGCUGGUGGCCUCUGGUGGGCCCCAGGUGCAUGAGGCAGACGUCCCGGAGAGGCCUCCAAAAGCCGCAGCUGCCCAGAAACCCAGGGCCAGGCCCGUGGCCAAGAAACGGCCGGAUGACGUCUCACUCAACCUGUCUCCCAACAAGCGGGUGUGCACCUCCUCGUUGGCCCCCGUGGAGGGCGGCCCCCCGGGCUCUGACGGCGGCCAGCCCGCCCGGGACCUGGAGCCCCUGCAUUUCCUGCAGUGUCACAGCAAGAACAACAGCCCUCGGGACCUGGACACCCAGCUCUGGGCCUGCGCUUUUGAGCCGGCCUGGGAGGAGGGGCGCGCGGGCGCCACCUCCCAGACGGUGGCCACGUGUGGCGGGGAGGCCGUGUGCGUGAUAGACUGCCAGACGGGCAUCGUGCUGCACAAGUACAAGGCGCCUGGCGAGCCCCGCCCCUUCGUGACACCCGCACGCCCGCGCCCACAGGAGUUCUUCUCGGUGGCCUGGACGGCCCUGACCGUGGUGACGCAGGCCGGCCACAAGAAGCGCUGGAGCGUGCUGGCCGCCGCGGGCCUGCGGGGCCUGGUCCGCCUGCUGCACGUGCGAGCUGGCUUCUGCUGCGGGGUCAUCCGGGCCCACAAGAAGGCCAUCGCCACCCUGUGCUUCAGCCCCACCCACGAGACCCACCUUUUCACGGCCUCCUAUGACAAGCGGAUCAUCCUCUGGGACCUCGGGGUGCCCAACCACGAUUACGACUUCCAGGCCAGCCAGCUGCUCACCCUGGAUACCACGUCCAUCCCCCUGCGCCUCUGCCCUGUGGCUUCCUGCCCGGAUGCCUACCUGCUGGCAGGCUGCGAGGGCGGCUGCUGCUGCUGGGACGUGCGGCUGGACCAGCCCCCGAGGAGGAGCUUGGGAACGCGCCGCAGCCCCGUACCACCUGCCCCUGUGCCCGUGCGGCCGCAGCUCCCAGCCGAGGCGGAGGGCAGGUGCAGAGGAUGUGCCCAGCACACGUCCGCAAGCGGCUCUGGGUCCCGGGGGGCAGCUGGCCAGCUUCCUCUGCCGCCCCGCAGGCCGUGCGAGGUGGAGUUCGUGUUCUCCGAGGACUCGGAGGCAGCGGCGCGGAGAGUGGACGGGCUGGCCUUUGUGAACGAGGACGUGGUGGCCUCCAAGGGGAACGGCCUGGGCACCAUCUGCCUGUGGAGCUGGAGCCAGACGUGGGGGGCCCGGGGCAAGCGGCCCACGCUGGCGGUGGUGGUGCUGGCCCGGCUGCAGUGGUCCCCCACCCAGCUGGCCUACUUCUCGCUGAGCACCUGUCCUGGCCAUGCGUCCCUGCAGGUGAGGGCAUCGUGCUGUGUGGGGACGAGGAGGGCAACGUGUGGGUCUACGACGUCCGGCACCUCCUGAUGCAGGAGGCUCCGCUUCCGGCAGCGCCGCAGGCCCCGACGCAGAUCCUUAAGUGGCCCCAGCCCUGGGCCCUCGGCCAGAUGGUGACCAAGACCAUGGUGAACACGGUGGUGGCCAACCCCACCUUUACGUACCUCACCGCUCUGACGGACUCCAACAUCGUGGCCAUCUGGAAGAGACAGU